AGAAUAUCUAGUUAGAAAACAAGGCUCUGCAGCAAAGGAAUCGAUCACUUCCAUCACGACCGUCGGUGUGUUUACUCAGAAGUAAGCCUCAGUGGUUUUAAUGGGACUUAUUACCUCCUAAGUGUGUGUGGUAUUGCAGCAUUAGUCAUUUUUUCUUCCAGGUAGAAGACAGCUUUAUUAUGGGGUUAAAUGGCAACUUGGAGUCGGAUCAUGACAACAACUUCAGUGCAUAAUGGUAUUUCAUUGUAGUCUUAUCUUAUGGAGCAGGAAAAUAGCAUAACACACUUCCUUAAGGCUCCCUCCUAUCAGGCAGAGAGCGGAGAGCCUAUAUUUCCAGAUGAAAAGUUUGCUCUGUAUUGGAUCAGCCUCCAUUCUUUGUCUGGUCUUUCUUGCAAAGAGAGGAAACACAAUUAAAGCAACCACUGAUGAAUAUGUGUUUGAGAAGGAAGAAAAAGCAAUACUUGUUUCUAAAGGACAGCAUGGCAAAACCAUGUGAAGUUUUGCAUUUCCUCUUAAAAACUGAUCUAGCACAGAUGGCAAAGAACUCUCUUUUGACUAACCUUUUCCUACUGUCUAAAAUGCUGCUGCACAAGAAGAUGCUUUAAUUUAUACCUGGGAUUUAUCAAGGGGAACCGUUGCCUUCAUUUAGGAUAAGUUGUUAAACAUAUAUGAUUCCUUUUGUGAUUUUUAAAAAGCGAAAUACUAGUGAGUUGCAUUAAUGGAUGGACGCAUAGCUAGAAAACCUUCUGGAAAUUCUGCCCUUGAAUCCUGGAGAUUCUCACUUAUGUGGAAUACAAUACUUUUUUGCAAUAGCCCAUGACACUAACUGAUGCUGCAGUUGUUGCGGAAUGUAUCUAUGAAUUCCGUAACAGAUAAAGCUUUUGGACAAGGAAAAGACUGAGGCCGAUAGAACCAUGAACAUGAUGCAUGUAAACAAUUUUCCAUUCAGGAGGCAUUCGUGGAUAUGUUUCGACGUCGACAAUGGCACCUCAUCGGGACGGAGUCCCUUGGAUCCCAUGACAAGCCCCGGAUCGGGGCUCAUUCUCCAGGCUAACUUUGUUCACAGUCAACGGAGGGAAUCCUUCCUCUACCGGUCUGAUAGCGACUAUGACCUCUCUCCAAAGUCUAUGUCCAGGAACUCCUCCAUCGCCAGUGAUAUACAUGGAGAUGACUUGAUUGUGACACCGUUUGCUCAGGUGCUGGCCAGCUUACGUACUGUACGGAAUAAUUUUGCUGCAUUAACCAACCUGCCGGAUCGAGCACCUAGCAAACGGUCACCUAUGUGUAACCAACCAUCCAUCAACAAAGCGACCAUAACAGAGGAGGCCUACCAAAAACUGGCCAGCGAGACCCUGGAGGAGCUCGACUGGUGCCUGGACCAGCUGGAAACCUUGCAGACCAGGCACUCCGUCAGCGAAAUGGCCUCGAACAAGUUUAAAAGAAUGCUCAACCGGGAGCUAACCCACUUAUCUGAAAUGAGCCGAUCGGGCAAUCAGGUCUCUGAAUAUAUAUCCAACACCUUUUUAGACAAACAGCAUGAAGUGGAAAUCCCAUCUCCUACACAGAAAGAGAAAGAGAAGAAGAAACUGCCGAUGUCUCAGAUCAGUGGAGUGAAGAAACUGAUGCACAGCUCCAGCCUAACCAAUUCGAGCAUCCCAAAAUUUGGAGUCAAAACUGACCAAGAAGAUAUUCUGGCCAAGGAACUAGAAGAUGUAAACAAAUGGGGCCUCCAGGUGUUUAAAAUAGCUGAAUUAUCUGCGAACCGACCUUUGACUGUCAUCAUGUACACUAUUUUCCAGGAGCGGGAAUUAUUAAAAACAUUUAAAAUUCAACCAGACAUGUUAAUAACUUACUUGAUGACACUGGAGGACCAUUACCAUGCAGAUGUGGCAUAUCACAACAACAUACAUGCUGCAGAUGUUGUACAGUCUACGCAUGUGCUGUUGUCCACCCCAGCUCUGGAGGCGGUGUUCACGGACCUGGAGAUUCUGGCUGCUAUUUUUGCCAGUGCAAUACAUGAUGUAGAUCAUCCUGGGGUUUCAAACCAGUUUCUUAUCAACACAAACUCUGAACUUGCCUUGAUGUACAACGAUUCAUCAGUCCUGGAAAACCAUCAUUUAGCUGUGGGCUUCAAGUUACUGCAGGAAGAAAAUUGCGACAUUUUCCAGAACUUGACAAAAAAGCAAAGGCAAUCAUUGAGGAAGAUGGUCAUUGACAUAGUGCUUGCAACAGAUAUGUCUAAGCAUAUGAAUCUUUUGGCUGAUCUGAAAACGAUGGUUGAAACUAAGAAAGUGACUAGCUCUGGAGUUCUGCUGCUUGAUAACUAUUCAGACAGGAUUCAGGUUCUGCAAAAUAUGGUACACUGUGCAGAUUUGAGCAACCCGACAAAGCCACUCCAGCUAUAUCGCCAGUGGACAGAUAGAAUAAUGGAAGAGUUCUUUCGGCAGGGAGAUCGCGAACGAGAGAGGGGGAUGGAAAUCAGCCCUAUGUGUGAUAAGCACAAUGCAUCAGUAGAAAAAUCACAGGUGGGUUUUAUAGACUACAUUGUUCAUCCUCUCUGGGAGACCUGGGCAGACCUUGUACACCCAGACGCCCAAGACAUCUUGGACACGCUGGAAGACAAUCGCGAAUGGUACCAGAGCACAAUCCCUCAGAGUCCGUCUCCUGCCCCGGACGACCAAGAGGAGGGGAGACAGGGCCAAACAGAUAAAUUCCAGUUUGAGCUAACGCUGGAGGAAGAUGGUGAAUCGGACACGGAGAAGGACAGUGGGAGUCAAGUAGAAGAAGACACCAGCUGCAGUGACUCCAAGACUCUUUGCACCCAAGACUCAGAGUCCACUGAAAUCCCACUUGACGAACAAGUUGGAGAGGAAGCGGUGGAGGAGGAGAGCCAGACAGAACCUUGUGUGCUAGAAGAACGUUCUCCUGACACGUAACGGUGCGACGGCUCUGCCGCUCCCUCUGCUUUCUCUCUCUCCUACUCUCUUUUCAAGAAUCAAAAAUGGUUUCCAAAGUGCAUGUCACUCGGCACAGCCAUGGUCACGCCUCACUGUCAUCUGCAAGAGAUGUUCGCUGAUCAAAAACUGACCUUGAUUACCCUGUUUGGCACUCAGGAAUAUUGUAACCAGAAAUGUUCAUUGUUCAUAGCAUCCAGAGAGCAAAAGGAAGGGAAACACCUGCAAAAAGAACAGUUUAACGAGAAUUCAACUUGGCAGAUACAAUCAGAGAGAGUGUCUACUCCAAGCUGUUUUCAAAAGGAGUAACGGCUGGUCCAAAGCUUGUGUGUGCGUGUGUGUUUUGUAUUGGUUUUUAGUUUCUUGAGAAGAGGCAUUAGUAGCAUACAUCACCAGAAUAUACAGAAGGCGACCGGCGAGUGAACAAAAGGUUAUUAGCGGAAAGCGAUUGAGCUCAAAUAAUGGGGACACAACACGAAUCUGUUACCAGUAGGAAGAUGAAGCUGUGGAAGUCACAUAAUUUUCUAAUUUCAAGUCUUCCUAACACAUGACUGAAAAAAAAGUGUAACUCAGUGGGUUGCACUGACGUCUGCAUUUUGUAUUAUAUGUAAAAUGGAAAUCUUUUUGUAGAGUUUACUUUUAUUAUUAAAUGUAUUGAGGUAUUAUAUUUAAAAGAAUGCAACACUCUCAGAACUUCAUCUGCCACUGAUUCUUUCUCCUCCCCCCCCCCCAAAAAGAGUAACUUGCAAGUUUUCAGUACAAAUAUGAGCUACACUGGAUAAAUCCAAUUUUAUAUUUGUUUGCACUUAAGAUUUUCAUACCAAUUCAUUCAGCUGUUGUAAAACAACUCUGUGUUCUAGACCAAUGACAGCUAUCAAACACUCAUUUUCCCCCUCCCAUGUUGCAGAAAACUUGUUUGUUGGCAUUAAUUUCUGGCUUUUCUUACUGUAAUUUCCCCAAAGCAGCAAUAUUUCAUCCGUGAAAUGUCCUCAGAGAUGGCUUGGUUGCUGCAGACCCAGCUUUUAUUGCUGUGGGCUUACUAUAAAAUUUCUAAAAUCUAAUGGACCGUUGCAGUAGCAGUUCCCCAAAAUUUGGAUUGCAACCCACUGCUGGAUGGCAGCAGCCUUGAGUAUUGAGCACCAAACUCCUUACCGUGGGGUCCAGAGGGUGGAGGACUCCAACAAAGAAUAGGGUUAGCAGGGGAGAUCCCGAGGAAGCUCCAAAACAAAGAUGAAACUCCAUUAGCAGCUCCUAAGAAAGAAAAGUUGGGGGGACACUCCUAUUAGAGUUGGGAUUUGCAAGUCUACAGCUAGCAUGAAUGUGACUCUUGCUAUAAAUACAAACCUUUUCUUUGCUAAUUACAUCAUUCCCACAAGGCUGCUCCUAGUUGUGUAUGCAAAGAUUUGCUGUACUAGCAAAUAAUAAUACUUAGGGUGAGGACAUAGGGACUGCUGUGACAACACAGUGCUACAGCCUGUGCAAAGAGUACUUACAAACAAUUUGUAGUGGAAUCUUUUCUGCUUCAGAAACAAACUGAGGCACUCUGCUGUCCCCCACCCUAUUACUCCCCCUUAGUAGCUUUUUGCAAAGGCUGAGCUGGGAAUAUAACAUAAAAGGUCACCGAUAAAUCCGCCCCUUUAAAAAUCAGACAAAAUCAGCUUUUGACCUUGAAUAUGGCACAAAAUAUAUAAUAGUCUUU